AUGGUAGAAGCCCUUUCUCAGGCUCUUAUAGAUGAAGGAGGUACUAUCGGUUUUGCCUCCUCUUUCAUGGCCGACGUGGACGAUACGGCGAAAACCCUGACUUGUCUGAAACUUCUCGGCAGAAAUGCUCGCCCAGAGAAGAUGAUCAACAUGUUCGAGGCAGAGGAUUACUUCAAGACCUAUCCAAAGGAGAGGAACCCCAGUUCCAGCGCAAACUGCAACGCCUUGGUGGCACUUCUUUGCCAGAAUUCACCACAGCACUGUCUACCCCAGAUAACCAAGGCUGUGGCUUUCCUUUGUGAUACUUGGUGGUCUGCCGUCUCGAAGAUACAGGAUAAAUGGAACCUUUCCACUCUAUACCCUACGCUUCUGCUUGUGCAGGGGUUUACGAAGCUUGUGGAUCUCAUCGAGAAGGGUGAACUUUCUGCUUUCUCCGAUGAGGUCCUGCGUUCUAGGAUUACUAUCUGCCUCUACCAAGCAUGCUACAGGACACUUCUGGACCAAAGCGAGGAUGACUCUUUGAACAAGUCAGUCGAAGAGACAGCUUACGGAACCCUUGUACUCUGCGAAGCACGGCGACUGGAUAUUUGGCGGGAUUUCGAUGAGCAGCUCAGUUCAGCCGUUCGCCGAGCUGUCGUAUUCAUUCAGUCUCCCGAGGGCAGACGUCCACAGUGCCUCUGGAUUGAGAAGGUCAGCUACACCUCCCCAUUCCUGGCCGAGGCCUACAGGCUCGCCGCCCUCAAGGCCUCGACUAUCCCACCGGCUUUUCAUGUGGGAUCAAGCCUGCGCGGAGAUACAUCUAUCAUACCCAGACUUUCGAAACUCUGGCGAGGGACCCCCCUUUUCUCGAAAACUCCCGAGUGGGAGAUUCGGGCGUCCAUGGUCGAAGGGACCCUGUUCCGACCAAUAGUCCGAGAACGGAGGCUGAGCGUCUUCACGCGGAAGGGCGUGGAAGAAGACAAGUACUUCGACGUCAUCCCACUGGCGUGGCCAACGUGUAGCAAUCGCACGCGCACCUUCGCCCCACCAGCCUUCUUAUUUGAGGGCAUGAUGGCCGCUCUCCUGAAUUAUCAAGUCGACGAGUUCAUGGAGGCGGUUGCCGGAGUCAACUACGCCGGACGGGUUCCGGAACUUCGCCAACUCAUCGACCACGUGAUCGACUCUGAUCCCAUUGGCGAUCCACCGAACGUUGAAGAGGCAAAAAGGCAGGAGGUUCUGGUACCUUUGCGCAAGUUCGUCACCCGCGCUUUAAAGCACCCGGCGGUGCUCUCGGCGAGCGCGUGGGACCGCAAGAACGUCACAUGCGAGCUGCGGAUCUACUUCCAGACGCACGUCACGCAGAAUGAGGACAACGAGCUGCUGAAACGGCACCAGUUCAGCAACGGCGUGAUGAGGGAGCACUUUUUCCGCUGGGUGCGCACGACGUCGGCGGACCAUACCUCGGCCACGUACACCUUCAACUUCGUAAGCUGCCUGCUGGGCUCGUGGAUCGAGAACGGUCGAGACUGCUUCUCCUCUCCCACGGAGAAGUACUACGCCGCCGCCGCGUGCCAGCAUCUGGCGGCCAUGUGUCGCAUGUAUAACGACCACGGCUCAGCUGUGCGCGAUCGUGACGAGGGCAAUUUGAACUCGGUCGACUUCCCCGAGUUUGAGGCCCAAAGCGGCGCCUGUGGAGGGAGCAGCAAUAGUGGCGACGACCUUGCCGCUAAGAAGGACCAACUGUUUGAGAUCGCCCAGUACGAGCGCAGUUGUCUGGAGGAGGCAUUUAGACGACUAGAGGGGCACUCGGCAGAGGCGAGCUCGGUGGAAGCGCGGGCGAGGAAGUCUCCCCAGAUGGAAAUCUGGCGCCUGUUUUACAACGUGACGGAUCUGUUCGGGCAGAUCUAUGUCCUCCGUGAUAUUGGAAGCCGUUUGACGGUCGGAACAGCGGGUUAG